AUGGACAACAGUGGCACCCGCUGUUCUCAGAAAUACAUUGUGAAAUCGGCACCUCCACAUCGCCUUGAUAACGAGCGCGCGAUCCUGAAAACACUUGGGCAUCAAUCUGGCGUUCGCAGGCUAGUCGAUGAUAUUCAAAACCCACCAUUGCUAGUUUUGCAAUAUUACGACGACAAUCUGUUGAAUUGUUGCCGGACUAAAAGUGUGGAGGGACGUGAGCUCAAGACCGUUGCCAAAACUGUUCUUCAAGCUCUCGCCGCCCUGCACAACCAGGGGCUCGUCCAUACCGACGUCAAACCUGACAAUAUAUUCAUAAACUACUCUGAUAACCCAAAGAGAAUCAGCGAGGUUGCCCUGGGUGACUUUGGCGAUACGUGCCAUGUUGGCCCGAACCCCGACCCCAACGAAGAUGGGCAUAUCAUCGGUGCAGGAAUCUUUAGAAGCCCGGAAGCCAUACUGAAUUUGCGCUGGGGCCGCCAACGGACAUCUGGUCCUUUGGUGCUACUCUCAUCAGCUUAA